AGCUCCUCAGACCGGGAGUCCAUCCUGACCAUCCUCCAGCUUCUUGGAGAUCUGCUUUCUGUUGGUACAGACCGGAGGAUCCGCUACAUGAUCAGCAAGGGUGGGAGUGAAGCUCUUCUGCGGACCCUGGUGGAAACAGCCAGGACGGCUUCUCCGGACUAUGUCAUCCUCCUGCCGCUCUUCCGGCUGCUGGCCAAAGUUGGCCUCCGAGAUAAAAAGUUUGGACAGAAGGCCCUGGAAUUGGAAGCACUUGAUGUGACAUUGAUUCUGGCCAGGAAAAACCUGUGCCACAGCCAGAACCUCCUCCACUGUCUCUGGGCUCUGCGUGUCUUUGCCUCGAGUGUCACCACAGGAGCCAUGCUGGGGAUUAAUGGAGCGAUGGAACUGCUUCUUAAGGUCAUCACCCCUUACACCCAGAAGCACACCCGAGUGAUCAGUGUGUCCCCUGGGCCCUGAGCAUUUCAAGAAGUUUGCAGUGAACUGCGGUACUCACCCCGCCUCCAAGGCUCACCUCCU